AUGCCUACUUUUUCGCUCAAGUGUGUUGGCCACUACCACAGCAUUAUCCAAUCUACUCGAUCUUCGAUCUUCGAUUUUCAGCAACAGAAUUACUCCAUCACCGCUGUUCAAUAUCCUGCGAGACCUUACACCUCGUCUGAACUGCUUGCCAACAUAAAAUGUCCGCGUAACCUUCAUCACUCAAUCCGAAGUUUCCGUUUUCGAAAUGAGAAAGAUGGUAGCAUCUUUCUCAUUCGAGAACAUCUUCAAAAUACAUUGGACAGGAUGAUCUGCUUACCUUCCCACAAUAUGGACGAGCUGGCGACAUGUGCUUUUCUGGGACUACUUUUAAGUCUUGGUGAAAUGUUGAUGCUCUCCACAUCCCAACAGAUAUAA